UAUUUAUAAACAGUCAAAAAUUUAACGACAUUGUUUACGCUUUACUGAGAUGAAAAUUGUCAAAUAAUGGCCGAUGCAUCAUUCACCAAGCCAACAAACGAUUCGCAAUUCCUUCGAAAUGAACCUGCUAAUUACACUGCCGAGAUUCGACAAAUGAUGCAUGGAUUUGGGGAUAGUAGCGAGCCGUUAAUUGAGUCUGCGAAGAUUAUAGAGGAAGUUGUUUUACAACAGAUGCGAACGAUAAUAAAAAAAGCUUGCGAAGUCUCCGAAAUGCGAGGGAAUUCGAGGAAGAGCAUUUGUAUCACCUCGGAAGAUCUGAUUUUUUUGUUACGUAAAGAUAAAAUCAAGUUACAACGACUUUUAAAAUAUUUAGAUUUGAAAGAAUUCAAGUCUUCUAUACACAAAACGAUAGAUAAUGAAAUACCAGAAGAAAUCGUGCAGAAUAAAAAUGAGAGAUUGAAAAUGAAAGGACCGCUUCAAAGUUUUCUUAAUCUCAUUGACAGUACCGGUGAACUGCUUGAAAAUGCUUCUACGAUAGACGAAGUCAAGCAACAACGAUGUAUUCGCGCUGAGAUUGUAACAAGAUCAAUGGACGAAGCUAGAUAUUUAAAAUUUAGCAAAGCACGCAAUGCAUCGUUUGCAAAUAAAAAUCGUCACAAGUUCAGUGACUGGAUAGCGCCAGAAAGUGAUAUAACAAUAUCAAAACAAGCUUACACAAUUUUGGGAUAUUUGGCAUAUGAAGCAGUAGCACAAAUUGUAGAUUUUGCAUUAUUAGUGAGACAGGACCAAAAUAAGAUAUACGGUGAUGCUAUAGAUAGACUUAAACUUAGUUAUGUUAAUCCACAUACGUACAAACCGUAUUAUCAUGGCAAGGUUGCUGUGACAAAGCCAAUAACACCUGCUGAAAUAAUUGAAGCCCUUAGACGAUAUUGGUCUCCACAGUUAGAUAUGACAGGUCCGUUUAAUCGUGCAUCGAUAAGAAAACCACAUUUAAAACUACUCUUCUGUUAAGAUAGAUGAAUGCGACGUAUGUUGUCAUCCUUUGGCCAUUUUGAUGUUUGCUGAAUAUGCAGCGAAAUCCAGCUUUCGUUUAUCGUCUGACAGUCAAUGUUACCAACAUUUCGUUAUGUGGAGGCAGAGAAUCACAAGAGAUCAAAAUAUAAAAUUGAUCGCUCAGGAUCUUGAAGUCGUGAUCAGGCUUCUUGCAAAAAUACUGUAUGAAAAUAGCUCGAUAUAUAAUGUUAGAUGUUAGAUAGAUGUAAUGAUAUUUCUGUUCUAA